AUGACUGCGGUGGUUGUAGGCUCUGGAUAUCGUCUUCCUUUUCCUUGCAUUCGAUGUGAGUUACGGUUAGGAAACAGGAAUGGAGCUACCAGUUAUUCCAAUAAUCUACCGCUUUGUGCUCUCAAGAAACGAAAUAAUAUAACUGAAUUUUAUUCAGCUUUCGGAGAUGAUGGACUAAAGCAUGUGAAUAGUGUAUACUUCUCAAUAAUCAGACAAGAACUCUGGGAAUGUAAAUAUGCUGACGGUAAAAUAUUCGGGAGAAGACUGACAGAGCUUGUGGGAUCUAUACCUGUAGCGGAGAUAGAAUACUAUAGUGGGAUCAGUGUGUGGAGAUACAGACUUGAUAGCUCAACAUACAGUGUCAAAAUAAGAGAAAUAUUUUAUUACAAGCCAAACAAAGAAAGAAUAGGCCUACCUGUCAAAUUUGGUGGAGUGGUGAAACUUAUGAAGCCAAAAGAGAGACACCAUGAGAUAGAGUUGGAGGAACAUUUGUAUAAAUAUAACAAUAUGAGCAACCAAAUGCCAACACGUUUGUAUCCUGAUUAUGAUGACGAUACUGAUGACGACGAUUUACUAGAUAUGGGAGCGGCAGUAAUAUAAAAAUUCCGAUGCAAUCUAAUCAGCAAGUUUUCAUUUGCUAUUUUGUCAUCACUGCUAAAUAAAAUUUAUAAAUCACACCCAUUAUUGAGUUAUAAGCAUGUCAACCAAAUCUGGGAGAUUUGUAUUUUCCAUGAAAUCCAUGAAUAACAUCAUUGAUUUUGCAAAAAUGGUAAAAAAUUAAAAUCGCUCAAAAUCUUAGGAAUGAAAGUACUUGACGAGAGUAGCAAUAAUAUGUCAUCACAUUGGCC